AUGGACCCAACUUUCGCACUCAUGCGGACUACACCCAACGCCCUGCAACGCCGGCCAUAUCGUUCAAAGAGGAAUCGGCCGUGCAUGCUUUGCCGUGCGCGUAAGACUUCAUGCCGCCGCGCGGGAAAAGAUACUUCUUGCAUAACGUGCCGCAAACGAGGCGAACGCUGCAGCUUUCUCGAUGAUCCCACUCACGAGUCGGCUCUCACUCAUGAGUCGGCAACCGCCUCUCUGUCCGGGGGUAGUCCCAAUGAUUGCGACGGGUUGGAUGACCUCGGACAAGCUGGAGUCGGCUUCGACACUUCAACAAUCCUGCCAGGAGAUUUAGCCAGCGACAUUGUUCAGGGCUCCCUUGGUGACCAUACGAAUGACCAUUACAGCCAGCACCCCGCGGACGAGGACGCGAUGUAUGGGGGCUUCACCGAUGAAAGGACCUGGGGCAGCCCUCCGCCAGAUGAAACACAAUUCGCGAGCACUGCUAUUGGCGCUGGUCUGAUGCAGUUUGAUGGAAUCCCGCUUGCGAAUUCUCAAGUCCUUCAUCAGCAUGAUUUUGAGACACCCGAGCGAGCAGCUCCACUGCCAACAUUAGAAGCCUCGUCAAAUGGCGCGAAUUCCGCGCACGAGAUCGGGAUUAGAUUCUCGACAGAACCACACGAUGGCUGUGCACAGUCGUCUAAUCUGAACGAUGCUGCUUUUACCAUCGACCAGAGACCUGAGUUCCAGAGCGCGUACUUUGGUCUCUCGGGAGAGUCGGACCCUUAUCUUCUCCGGCAUUACUUGUAUAACGACGCAGACGAAUUUCCGUUUCUUCGAGUGAUAUAUCGAAGGACGCAGAGCGGGACCCCCUUCCAUCGCGACCAUUCUUCGGUCACAGGACAUCCCAGAUCAGAUGAAAACAAUGUUCCGGUCCAAUUCCUUCUAACUUCAAAUGAGUUGAGUGAUGAGCUUAGACGCCUCGGUCCUACCAAUCAUUUAUAUAAUUAUGAGUCAGUGAGAAAGGAACUGAACGACUUGUCUGCGUCCCCGGGACAUGCUCCACUGCCAACUUAUCUGCUGGCCGCUAUAUACGCUUCUGCGCUCCCUUUCACUGCAUACGAUGAUAUACUAUGCGUCUCCAGUGUCUACAAGAAACCUCCCGCCCAAAGAAUAUGGCAAAUUGUCUAUGACGGGAUUCAGACUACGCUACAUACCCCGAAACUAUCUACCAUCUCAAGCGCAUUACUGUAUCUUCAUAAACCCCGAGUAGGAGUGCAGCAUGUAUCCGCGGACACGUCUUUCGCCUGGUCUAUGAUCGCCUCUGUCGUUGGCUUAGCCACGAGCCUAGCGCUGCACCUGGACUGCAGUUCAUGGUCAAUACCGCCGUGGGAAAAGCGGCUUCGACGCCGCUUGUGGUGGAUGACAUUCUCCGAGGCGACGUGGAGAAGUCUCUUGUUGGGAAGGCCUGCUAUAAUCGCACCAGAUCAGUGGAAUGUGUCGGAGCUCACUUCACUGGAUUUUGAGGUUGAGGAAAUGCUUCUUGGGCUUGGCGAUGAUACGAAAGCAAACGAUUUCGCGGAAAAGCUGCGACUUGCAACACAUGAGUCCGAUGAGGGUAUGAUAUCACAGCGACUCGCAACUUUGACCAUUAUUGCCGACAAUAUAUACCGUUGUCUCUACACGAUACGGGCUACUGAGAAGCUCGCCGAUGACCUUGCUGGCUCCAUCAGGGCUAUCAAACCUCUUCGUGAAGAGCUCAAGGUGUGGUAUGCCAGUCUUCCUAUCUAUUUAAAGACACCAAAGAUAGAUCACGAGAGGGUCGCUCCCGCCGCACCAAGCUCGGCAGCCUGCCUCAAAUUCGCGUAUCUGACUCUCGAAAUUCUACUUUACCGAGCUUUGCUUCGGCCACUGGGCAAAAUCGACCUGGAAGUUGUCUCGAAUGCAGUUUCACAGACAGAUAAUCUUCGUAGUAGCUCGGAUGCCAACAUGACUGGACCGGAACUGGGCGAGAGCCUGCGAAACGAGAUAGAGCUGAUUAUAUGUGCUGCCGAAAACUGUGCGAGGAUUAUCAGCACCUUCACCGUCGAGCUGAUGUCUUGGGAUUUUGCCGGUUUCUGGUAUGCUUUGGGCUAA